ACGCUGGUGCAUCGAUGCCGCUGCAACAGUACGACGACGCCGCCACGGCUGGACGUCGACGCCACGACAACGCGACGAGGGCGCCAUGGCAGCAGCGUCGAGACUGCCGCGGCAGCAUGACGCGGCCGGCGGCACGACAACGCCGCCACAGCAGCACGACGCGGCCGCCAUGCCAGCGUGAGAGAGAGAGAGAGAGAGAGAGAGAGAGAGAGAGAGAGAGAGAGAGAGAGAGAGAGAGAGAGAGAGAGAGAGAGAGAGAGAGAGAGAGAGAGAGAGAUAGAGAGAGAGAGAGAGAGAGAGAGAGAGAGAGAGAGAGAGAGAGAGAGAGAGAGAGCGAGAGAGAGAGAGAGAGAGGGAGAGAGAGAGAGAGAGAGAGAGAGAGAGAGAGAGAGAGAGAGAGAGAGAGAGAGAGAGGAAGAGUGCACGACGGAAACAUGGGAUGAAG